UCACUCGCAAGGCGCAACGUAACAUAAUGGUUAAAGAAUGGUGCAAUACAAGUUAUACAACCUAGGGUUGCGUGGUUGUAUUGCCAUAACCACCCGGUACUUAAAAAUUCCAAAGAACAUUCCACAGUUAGAUCCAUUUCUGUCUAAAAAUUCAAAUAACCCAAGUAUCACUUGUACCAGAAUGCAUUCAAACAUUAAAAUUGUCAAUCAAAAAAGUAAUGUGCGCGUUGAAGUGCUUCCAGCUUUGAAAGACAACUAUAUGUAUUUGAUUGUUGAUGAAACAAGUAAAGAUGCUGCCAUUGUUGAUCCAGUUGAACCACGAAAGGUAAUUAAAGCUGUUGAAAAGGCAGGAAUUCGGCUUAAGAUGGCCUUGACUACCCAUCAUCAUUGGGAUCAUGCAGGAGGAAAUGAAGAACUUGUCAAACUUGUUCCUGGGCUACCUGUGUUUGGUGGUGAUGACAGGAUAGGAGCAUUGACCAAUAAAAUCAAACAUAAUGACAAAAUCAAGAUAGGAAAUCUUGAUGUGAAAUGUCUUUUUACACCUUGCCAUACAACAGGACAUAUCUGUUUCCAUGUUACUACAAAAGAUGACAAAAAUGGAGCUGUUUUCACAGGAGAUACUUUGCUUCUAUCAGGCUGUGGAAGGUUUUUUGAAGGAACUAAGGAACAAAUGUAUCACGCAUUGAUAGAGGUUCUUAGUGAACUGUCUAAUGACACGCUGGUUUAUUGUGGUCAUGAAUACACUGUUAAAUCCCUGAUGUUUGCUGAACAUGUUGAACCAGAUAACGCUAGGACAAAAGAAAAAAUUAAAUGGUGUAAGGAGCAAAGACAAAAAAAUGAUCCCACUAUCCCAUCAACAAUUGGUGAAGAAAAACAAUACAACCCAUUUAUGAGAGUCAGAGAGGCGUCCAUUCACGAGUUUUGUGGGACAAGCAAUCCAGUUAACGCAAUGGGUAUACUUCGCGAAAAGAAAAAUAAAUUCAAAGGAUAAAAAUGUAAACUUAAUGUUUAAUGAUGAUUACAAUAAAAAUACUUAAUGUAACAUCAAUAAAUGUUUAAAUGUUUAUAUCAAAGCAAGAUAUGUAAAUAAACCACAGUAAGUUUCUAUGAGCGAUAAUAAAACAGCAAGUACGGUGUUGAAAA